GUAAUGACGAUAAUAAUAAUGGUUACAAUUAGAGUAAAAGCAAAAAACAGUCUUCCCAUGUCUUCCUAUAAUCGUACUAAUUUUCCCAGUAAUUUUAUCUUUGGAACUGCUACCUCAUCUUAUCAGACCGAAGGUGGCGCAAAGGAGGAUGGAAAAGGUCCAAACAUAUACGAUAUUUUUACACAUAAGUUCCCAGAGAAAGUUCUGGAUAGAAGCACUGGAGACGUUGCUGAUGACUUUUAUCAUCGCUACAAGGAAGAUGUGGGACUCAUGAAGAACAUUGGAAUGGAUGCUUUCAGAUUUUCUAUCUCAUGGGCUAGAAUAUUACCUAGAGGCAAUCUCAGUGGAGGAAUAAACAAGGCUGGCAUAAAAUUCUACAACAACCUCAUCAACCAACUUCUAUCUAAGGGAAUCCAGCCCUAUGUAACAAUCUUUCAUUGGGAUCUUCCCCAAGCUCUCGAAGAUGAAUAUGGCGGCUUUCUUAGCCCUCGUAUUGUCGACGAUUUUAAGGAUUUUGCGGAGUUAUGCUUCAAAGAGUUUGGAGAUAGGGUUAAGUAUUGGAUAACGAUGAAUGAGCCGUGGUCUUACAGUAUUGGCGGUUACAAUACAGGUCAUAUCGCGCCUGGACGUUGCUCUGCAUGGAUGAACGCGGGUUGUCCAGCUGGCGACUCUGGCACCGAGCCUUAUAUUGUUUCUCAUAAUCUCAUCAUUUCUCAUGCAGCCGCAGUCAAAGUUUAUAAGGACAAAUAUCAGGGUUACCAAAAGGGACAGAUAGGGAUAACUUUGUUGUGUUAUUGGGCACAUCCCUUUUCCAAAACCAAAGAUGACAAGGAAGCUGCUCAAAGGGCUAUAGAUUUUAAUUAUGGUUGGUUUAUCGAUCCAAUAGUGUACGGAGAGUACCCGGAGAUCAUGAGAGAACUUGUAGGAAAAAGACUACCAAAAUUUACAGAAAAACAAGUUAAAUUGAUAAAAGGAUCAUAUGAUUUCGUUGGCCUAAAUUACUAUAGCACAAAUUAUGCAAUAAGUGUACCUUCAGCCAAUUCUGUGAACCUUAGCUACAUAACUGAUGCUCAAGUUAAUUUCACAACCAUUCGCAAUGGAGUUGCCCUAGGAAAGCCGACAGGAAUGCCUGGUGUUUACAGUUACCCCAAAGGUCUUACUGAGUUGUUAGUUUACACCAAAGAAAAGUAUAAUGAUCCCAUUAUUUACAUAACAGAGAAUGGAAUGGGAGAUCAAAAUAAUUUGACAACAGAAGAAGGCAUUAAAGAUAAUCAAAGAGUAUCUUUCUAUUAUCUUCACCUCCUAGCGGUCGAAAAUGCAAUCAAAGUCGGUGUUAAUGUAAAAGGUUAUUUUUGUUGGUCAUUAAUAGACAACUUUGAAUGGAAAUUUGGUUACGCCGUGAGAUUUGGACUUGUUUAUGUCGAUUAUAAAGAUGAUCUCAAAAGAUAUCUCAAGUAUUCUGCUCGUUGGUUUAAAAUGUUUCUCAACAAAUGA